UUUAACAAUGAACCUGAAAUAAUGCAGACAGAUAGAUUCAACAGAAGCAUAUUAUACCAUCGAUGAAUCUCGUAGCUCACUGUAGGUCUGCCUUUGAAGGUUUAUAAGUUAUCAUUAAAAUUCGUCUAUGGGAUAAAUUAAUGUGAUUUUUACUUCUGGGUCAGACUGUUGCGCUCUUUGUUUUUCUGUCACCAGAUGUGGAAGAAUAUAGCUUAAAGCAGACUGUGAAAGUCGCUAAAAUGAUCACUGAUCAUUAGAUGGUUAUUUUAGGGACAAAACGUCGCUAAAUUGGCAACAUUGAGUGACGCGGGUGAGCUUCUUCAUCCAGGAAACAUUUCUGUUGUUUAUUCUUUCGAUUUCGAAACUUCAGAGUGCUGAAAAAUGGCGUCCAGUUCAGCAGCAGUUGGCAGACACAGUCCAGAGUUUAAGCGUCCCAACAUGAACUUGACAAGAAUUGUACUCCUGGGUGAAAGUGGCGUUGGAAAGAGCGCCGCUGGAAACACAAUACUGGGACAGAAAGUGUUUAAAUCUCAGAUGAGCAGAAGUUCAGUGACCAGAAAAUGUUCAGAGAAUCACGGCAAUGUUUCAGGCAGAAAUGUGUCUGUAGUUGAUACACCUGGAUUAUUUGACACAGACAUGAAACCUGAAGAUUUCGUGACUGAGAUUGGGAGAAGUGUUUAUUUAUCCAGUCCUGGACCGCACGCUUUUCUCAUCGUGUUUCCUCUGAAUAUGAGAUUCAUUCAGCAGUAUGAGAAGAUUCUUUCUAUGAUUGAAACACUGUUUGGAAAAGAAGUGUUAAAAUACUCCAUCAUUCUCUUCACUUAUGGAGAUCUGUUGAAAGGACAGAGUAUUGAUAAACUCAUUGAGGAGAACAGUGCAUUAACAUCUCUAGUUCAGCAGUGUGGAGGCGGAUAUCACGUGUUUAAUAAUGAAGAUCAGAAUAACAGAGAUCUGGUGACUGAACUACUGCAGAAGAUUGACACAAUGAUACAGCAGAAUGGAGGAGGACAUUACACUCAUCAGAUGUAUCAAGAUGCUCAGAGAUUUAAACAAGAGGAAGAGAAGAGACGGAGAGAGGAAGAUGAGAGAAGACACCAGGAGGAGAGACAAAUACAAAAGAGGAUUGAGAGAAUGAGGGAGGAGAUGGAGGAAAACUUAAGAGAAGAGUUAGAAGAUAAAUCUACAUCACACAGUCAGAAGGAAGCAAGCAGUGGAUCUAAAUCCUUUUUUUCCAAGUUAAAGGACUAUAUUUAUGCAAAUGGCAGUGGAGCUGUUGCUGGAGCUGUUGCUGCUGUAGCUGUUGCUGCUGGAGCUGCUGGAGCUGUUGCUGCUGGAGCUGUUGGUGGAGCUGGAGCUGUUGGUGGAGCUGCUGGAGCUCUUUGUGGAGCUGCUGCUGCUGGAGCUGUUGGUGGAGCUGCUGCUGCUGCUGGAGCAGUUAUUGGAGCAGUUAUUGGAGCUGUUAUUGGAGCUGUUAUUGGGGCUGUUGCUGCUGCUACUGGAGCUGUUGGUGGAGCUGGAGCUGUUGGUGGAGCUGCUGGAGCUGUUGGUGGAGUUGCUUUAGCUGGAGUUCGUUGUCGAGCUUCUGCUGCUGGAGCUAUUGGUGGAGCUGCUGCUGCUGGAGCUGUUCGUGGAGCUGCUCCUGCUGGAGCUGUUGGUGGAGCUGUUGCUGCUGGAGCUGUUAUUGGAGCUGUUAUUGGAGCUGUUAUUGGAGCUGUUAUUGGAGCUGUUCGUGGAGCUGCUGCUGGAGCUGUUCGUGGAGCUGCUGCUGGAGAUGUUGGUGGAGCUGCUGCUGGAGAUGUUGGUGGAGCUGCUGCUGGAGAUGUUGGUGGAGCUGCUGCUGGAGAUGUUGCUGGAGCUGCUGCUGGAGAUGUUCGUGGAGCUGUUGAUGGUACUUUUGAUGGUGAAGCUGCUGCUGGAGAUGUUCGUGGAGCUGCUGCUGGAGCUGUUGGUGGAGCUGCUGCUGCUGGAGAUGUUCGUGGAACUGCUGCUGGAGAUGUUCGUGGAGCUGUUGAUGGUACUUUUGAUGGUGAAACUGUCGACUGACCCUGUUCAUGGAGCCAGUGGUGUGCACAGACCGCAGUAUGGACGGGGGCAGAAGGAUGAAUAAAUGGCACUGAUUUGAUAUAGGGACAAACCACAAACCAGCGACAGGUUGUUGGGUGCCCAAGGCUCAUUAAG